AAAUUGAAAUUGAAUGUAAAGGAACCAAAUCAUUAAAGCAUCAUUUCAUGCUUUGAAAUGUAAAAUCGACAUAUCGAAUGGAACUUAAUACUUUGAGUUGUAUUUGGGCAAGAAACAUAACCCAGCUUCUGAUAUUCUUCUCCGCCUCAGCUUAGAACCCAUAACUCAACCAUCACGGCAGCUUCUCCGCUCCUGACAUUCUUCUCCACUCCUUUAGUGCAUUUCUGAGCACCGUCUGCGCUCGCACACAGGUAAUGUUAGCAGUUUUGAGUGGCACGAGGUUGCUGUGUAACGUGUUCUUCUAAGGAGAGAAUUGUCUGGGAUGAUGACAAUACUCUGUUUACCUGUGGAGAUAAGGAAGAGAGGUUAAAAGGCUGGGGGUAGUGAUUUACAAUUACUUUUACUCAAUCAAUCAAUCAAUCAAUCAAUCAAUCAUCAAUCAUCAUUUACCCCAGUGCCCAAAGGCUCCCACCUACGGUGGGGUAAGGGGGAGUCGGAUGUACGCAGUCUUACCCCUGUACUAAAGCAUAGAGAGACUGUUUCCGGAUGACCCAUAAUGAAAAUCGCAUCCAAAAUUGCAUGGACUGACUGCUGCUUCAUAACAAGGAAGAGCAGACAGUUGGUUUAUAAGGCAACCUAAAUAUGAGCAUUUUAGUGAGUGUCAUAUGGCUAUUAAACUAUGUGGAAGCUCUAGCAUCAUGAGUUCUCAAAGGUAUCUGGUUUAGAAGAUCUCUCCAGGGUCAUCAACAAUGCCCAACUCCUGCAUUGGCAGAUUUACUGGAAUCCCUAAAACUCUUGUCCCCCUUCCCCGUGAAAGAAAGUUCAAAAUAAUUUUCAAAAGAAUAUUGUCCACAUGUGCAUUACCAGCGUGUCUUCCGCAAAGCUCAACUCUCAUUCACCCUUACCCAACCUUGGUUGUGACCGGUUGCAUAGCUCCAUCUAAUGCUCCACAACGAUCUGAGGAGUGGUUUUCCCUUCGCAAGGACAAGUUGACCACAAGCACCUUCAGCACCGCCUUGGGAUUAUGGAAAGGAAAACGCCGCUAUGAGCUUUGGCACGAGAAGGUAUUUGCUCCUGAUGCUCUUCCCAUUGCUGAGUCUAGUAAACGUGCCAUGGAUUGGGGUGCUCUCAUGGAAGAAGUGGCUAUACAGCAAUACAAAAGCAUCACAGGGCGUGAAGUGGGCUCAUUGGGAUUUGCAAUGCAUUCAGAUGAUAAGUUUGACUGGGUCGGAGCGUCUCCCGAUGGACUCUUACAAGCAGAAGGAGGAGGAGGAGGAGGGAUUUUGGAGGUGAAGUGUCCUUACAACAAGGGAAAGCCCGAAAAGGGUCUUCCGUGGUCAGCCAUGCCAUUCUACUACAUGCCACAAGUCCAAGGACAAAUGGAGAUCAUGAACCGAGAUUGGGCUGAUUUAUAUUGUUGGACACCUAACGGGAGCACAAUAUUUCGGGUCGGUAGAGACCGUGGUUAUUGGGAAUUGAUGUGUGGGAUAUUGUGGGAGUUUUGGUGGAAGAAUGUGGUUCCAGCUAGGGAAGCAUUGUUAUUGGGGAGGGAGGAGGAGGAGGUGAAGUCGUCGUACAUACCGACGUCAACUCACGAAAAGACAGGGCUUGUGAUCGCUAGAAGCUUGAAGUUGGCCAAAGAGGCUAGGUUGUGGUGCAGGGAUAUUGCUGGUCACACUGAGUUCCACCAUUGAUGAUUCACUCAUAAUAAAUAUAUUAAACACGCUCUUUUUAACUGAUAUAUUCUUGAGCGGAGAGAGUGGGGGAGCUCUGUUUGGAAUCUUGAGUGGCCUUUUUUUUUGUUUAUGUCUUAACACAAUGCCUUCUUCUACCUGAUUUAGAGAGGGUUGUAAAAUUGCUGUUCCACUAUUUAAUUCAUGAUUAUUCUCGGCUCCAUGAAAUGUGGUAAUCUAUGUUGCAGCAAAAAGGAAACUUGAAAAAGGAGACGUUGGCAACGUUGCAGCUGGAAAUAUUGUUUGUAAAUCAAUUGUUGUUUUAAAAAAGGUUCUUCUAGAGUUUUUUGAAAGCCUUGGAUGUAUGAAACUCCUACCACCUAAGAAUUUACAUAAAUACAUGCUAUUAAAGGUUGUAGUUACUUCAUUGCUGAAGUGUGAAUAUCUG